ACACACACACACACACUCAGAGAGGUUCUCGUACGCACUGCAGGAGCAGACCUUCCUGCCACAAGUCAUCAUGGUUAUCUUGCUGGUCAUCACACUGAAGAUUGUCCUCCUCUUAGCUGCUGUGUGGAGUGUGUGUUCAGCAGAGUUGAUCACAGUGGAAGGAUAUAAGGGAGGCAAGGCAGAGAUCAGAUGCCCCUAUAGAGAGGAGUGGAGGAGCCACCAGAAGUACCUCUGUAAAGGCAGCAAAAUGGAGUGUAUAACAUUUUUGGGAGACAAUGAUAUUGAGACUGAGGAUGAAGAAUGGACCUCUAAAUGGAGAUACUCCCUACAUGAUGACAAAGGGGUCAGAGUCUUCAUUGUGACCAUCACCAACAUGAUGUCAGAUGGUGCUGGAACAUACUGGUGUGGAGUGGAACGAUCUGGACUGGACCCUGAAGUGUAUGGAGAUUGGUGCUGUGAGAAUCCCACUGCAGUGACUGGCUAUGAAGAACAGACAGUCUCCAUCUAUUGUAUGUAUGAUGAAAAAACUGAAGACAAUGAGAAAUACUUCUGCAAAGUGACGACACAGUCGAGGUGCAUAGAUGAUGUAAAAGUGACAACAACGAAAAGCCAGAAUGGGAGGUUCUCACUGUUUGACAACAGGACAGCCGGAGCCUUCACCGUGACCAUCACCAGACUAACCCAAGAGGAUGCUGGGAGAUAUCUCUGUGGCGUACAGAACAACCAAGCUCUCGAUACCCUGUCAGCAGUCCAGCUUGAUAUCAAGAUUUCACCAACUCUAUCAUCCCCACCUACCGCCACCUCCCAACCUACUGCCAACUCCAUCUCACCAUCAUCCAUUUUACCAUCAACACACAACAGAUCUGAUACAUCAGUGGUCAUCAUAGUAUCUGGGACUCUGGUCAUGCUGCUAUUGGUGCUUGUGGUCAGCCUGCUCAUAGUCUAUAGAGGGAAAUUCAACAAGGAAACAGCUGACUCCUCAGCACCCAGGGUGAACACAGACACUAGGAUCAACAGAGAGGGUUGUCAUGGCAAUGGUGAGUAUGAGGAGAUAAAGGACCGCCCUCUACAGUCCAGUUCAGGUGGUGAGACCACCACCGUCUACGCCACCGCCAACUUACCCACAAGACCGUUUGACUCUCUCAACUACGCCAACGUCAACUUCCACAAGGACCCCAGCUGCCCCAAUGAAGCCACUGUUGCCAUCGCUAAAGAGGGCACUUCUUCUGGUGACUAUGCCACUGUCAACAUUGGUCAAAGCCCCGCCUACUCUACUGUCAAUCAUCCACACAGCACCUCUGAGGCUCCUCCCAUCUACUAUAUAGUCAGCAAACCCAGACACCCCUGAUUCACUGACAACCAAUCAUAAGGGACAUAUUCACACUGGCAACAAAUCAUAAGUGACAUGUUAUUAUAAUCGUUUUUUUAUUUUUAUUUGUAAAAUUUUUAUUUCACCUUUAUUUAACCAGGUAGGCAAGUUGAGAACAAGUUCUCAUUUACAAUUGCGACCUGGCCAAGAUAAAGCAAAGCAGUUCGACACAUACAACAACACAGAGUUACACAUGGAGUAAAACAAACAUAUAGUCAAUAAUACAGUAGAAAAAUAAGUCUAUAUACAAUGUGAGCAAAUGAGGUGAGAUAGGGGAGGUAAAAGCAGUUAUAACAUAUACACACCGGCAACAAAUCAUAAGUGACAUGUUAUUAUAAUAGUUAUAACUAUAUGUUCCACCGACAGCCUCUGUUUUUAGAAAACAGCUGCACAAUCAGGGCCUGAGUUCCCUAUAGCGAUGGAACUUAGGCUUACGAGUGUUUUAACGAUGCAUAGUUCCUACAACGGCCGAAGAUGUAACUUGCGUUUUCUAAAACACCACGCAGCGAGAACAUUCGCUAAGUGAUUCAUUGGACCAUGUGUCGAUACUGAUAGGAUGGAAAGAAAAGCAGUGUCAGUUUCUACAUUCAAAUCUGGAAUUAGAAUUAGAAUUACUGCAUAAUAUUGUUGACUGUUCAGCUCCUAGAGAAAUAUACAGAAAAUAAAUAUAAAUGCAACAAGCAACAAUUUAAAAGAUUUUUCUGAGUUACAGUUCCUAUAAAGUUAUAAGUCAAUUGAAAUAAAUUCCCUAAUCUAUGGAUUUAACAUGACUGGGCAGGGGUGCAGCCAUGGGUUUCAAAUCAAAUCAGAGUUUAUUUGUCACGUGCGCCGAAUACACCUUACAGUGAAAUGCUUACUUACAGGCUCUAACCAAUAGUGCAAAAAAGGUGUUAGGUGAACAAUAGGU